ACGGAUGGAGCCGGUUAGCCGGAGCCCGGGUGCUCUCCCCGAUACCGGGACCGUCACCGAGUUGAACGAGACCGGGGUUUGGGACGGGGAGCCGCCUUUCCUGACGGAUGCUUGGCUGGUGCCGCUUUUCUUCGCCCUCUUCAUGUUCCUGGGAGUGGGCGGGAACGCGCUGGUCAUCUACGUGAUCGGUAAACACCGGCAAAUGAGGACCGCUACCAACUUCUACAUCGCUAACCUGGCUGCCACAGACAUAAUAUUCCUCGUGUGCUGUGUUCCAUUUACUGCCACUCUAUACCCUCUACCUGGCUGGAUCUUUGGAGACUUCAUGUGCAAGUUUGUCAACUACUUACAACAGGUUACUGUCCAGGCAACCUGCAUUACUUUGACUGCAAUGAGUGCUGAUCGCUGUUAUGCAACACUUUAUGCGCUUCAGUCGUUGCGUCAUCGCACUCCUAAGGUCGCCAUGGUGGUCAGCGUAUGCAUAUGGAUAGGUUCCUUGAUUCUGUCUUCACCAAUUAUCAUGUACCAGAAGAUUGUAAAAGGUUACUGGUAUGGACCGAGAACAUAUUGUGCUGAGGCCUUUCCAUCAGAUUCCCAUCAGAAAGGCUUCAUACUGUACCACUUUCUGGCUGUCUACCUUCUACCUUUGUUCACCAUCUCUUUGUGCUAUUCCUUGAUAUUGAAGAGAGUUGGACAAUCUGUGGUUGAGCCCAUUGACAACAACUAUCAGGUUCAACAUUUGUCUGAAAGAACAGUAGCAAUGAGAAGCAAGAUUUCUAAAAUGGUGGUGGUAAUUGUGCUCCUUUUUACAAUUUGUUGGGGACCCAUCCAGCUCUUUAUCCUGUUCCAGGCUUUUUAUCCAAAUUUCCAGGCCAACUAUGUGACUUACAAGAUCAAGACUUGGGCUAACUGCAUGUCAUACGCCAAUUCCUGCAUCAACCCCAUUGUUUACGGUUUUAUGGGAGCCAGCUUCAGGAAGUCCUUUAAGAAAGCCUUCCCAUUCAUGUUCAGACAGAAAGUAAGGGACACCAACAUGACUUCUGGAAGUGACAAUGCAGAAGUGUAGUCUGUCACUGCAUAAUCCUAAUUGUUAUCGAUUGUCAUGAAUGAACAUGGUUAAAGAAAUGAAAACAAUGAUGGUCAACUUGUUUGGCCCACAAAAUUCCUGGAAAACAUGCCCUCAGUAAGCAUUAAGAAAAAUAUUGUAAAGUUUGAACUAACACUAGGUUUCAUACUUUGAGUUAAUGUUUGUGUAGAAGUGUUAGAGUGGUGUUAAUGUAAUGUUAAUAUUUAAUAAUACCUAAUAUAGUGUUAAUGUUUAACAUGAACAAAAACAGAAGUUGCUGGAAAAGCCUCUGAGGAAGGGUCACUGGACCCAAAAUGUUAAUUCUUGAUUUUUUCCACACAGAUGCUGCCAGACCUGCUGAGCUUUUCCAGCAACUUUGUUUUUGUUCCUGAUUUACAGCAUCUUCAGUUCUUUAGGUUUUUAAUGUUUAAAAUGUCUAUUCUUCAGUAAGUAACUCAGCAGACCAAGAAAUGUUUUCUUAUUGGCAGUUUCCAUCUGAACUUCAAAGAAUUCUAAGGACAACAUUUCCUGAAAAGCAAAUUAUAAAGGAUUCAGUUGGACUUUGAGGCUUUUCGAUAUAAAACACUUUUUGUGUGAAGACUUUCUCAGUAGUACUUUAGGAACUAGAACAUCUUUUCAAUGAUUUUCUGCAGGAUCCAGAGCUACUUCCAUUUUGUUUGUGGUAUAUAACCAGUGAUGUAAUCUUAAAUGAAGAAGAUGUUUAGAAAAUUAACUGUACAGUUAAUUAUGAAAGCAAAGGCACCAGACUGAAGGGAGAUCUCAACGGUCUAGCCAUGUGGGCCAGAAAAGUUUCAAAUGCAGUUCGGUUCAGAAGACUAUUUCCAUUUCCCCAGUUCAUCAGCAUCCAGCACGUCAACUCUUUGCCUGCUCAAAUUUUCAGAGCCUCAGAAUGCCACCAUGAUACCGCUCACUCUGACUAGACUGUGCUGGACAGGUCCUCCAGAGAGGCCCAAGAA